GUGUCCCCUACGCGACACGAGGCCGAUCGUAUGAAACGAGGUCAAUUGUAAAAUCUUGUACUCGAAAUUCAUUGUUUCCCCUACUAUCCAUUGAUGGUAAUGAUUAAUAGUCAUAUCAUCUUCAGUGAUACAAGAGGCUUAUCUGAGUGCACGCGUCCGAAGAUAUCGAUGCCGUAGCAUUUCUGAUCCGUCGAGCGUCAGUAUAGUAGAAUUCUUUUCUUUGUCCAAGACGGAUCGUGACUAAGAACUUUUGCUUACUUAACGUUCUAUAAUUUUACAUUCAAUUAUUAUCAAAUUUGUGCGUUACCUAUCGUAAAGAUUGUGAUCGAAUACGUGAUAUAAUUUGAUCGGUAUAAUUAGUGUUGAUAAAAAGAACAGUUUACUCUUCUUUUUCUUAUAUAUAUAUUUUUUUUCUUUUUUGUGUUUGGGUAAAAGUUAUUUUUUGAAAAUUAAACCAUGUGUUGUGCGAAAUUCGGCAAUUAGUGGACUUACUCUUAUCAGAGUUAUCUGGUAUCGAAAUAAGCAAUUAUUGUACCACUUAUCAGUUACUCGUACGAGUAAGGUAACCCUGCUUCUGCAGAAAUAAUUGCCUUUUUUUCUCGAUCACAAUGCGUUAGUUAUCUUUAUGUCAGUUAGUUAGUAACAAACUGCGCCUGACAAAGAGAGCACAUUUCUGUUGGAAAUAUGUCUGGGACCCUAAAUCCCGGGUUUGAGGAAAUGGCAGAAAAUUCGUCUGGUUAUUUGCGUGCAGGACACGAUGCCUUGAACAAUUUUUAUUCAAAACAUCAGCUACUGUUCAAGUGUCUGUAUUUGAUUAUAGUAAAUGCUGUGGUAGUAAUUUAUCUUGUUUCUGCCACAUUAUACUGGAAAAAAAACAAUGACGAGAAUUACUUCAAUUGGUGCGAUGGUUACGGACUGCUAAUCAUCUUAUUAGCGAUCACUUAUGGCGGACUUUUUUAUCAUUACUUAGGGCACUUAAUUCUCGGAUAUUGUUGCCGACCAUUCAACAACGUCGUCAAAAAUCUCAACAAAACAAGAUAUGGAAGCAUUAUUAUUCAGACGGUACUUUAUGCCUGUUUCUUAAUUGGAAUCAUAGUAUUUCUCAUUAUUGACACUGCUAAUUCGAGGGAGAGAUUAAGGAGUGGACUUGGGAUCAUUAUAUUGCUCGCUAUCGGAUACAUAUUCUCAAAACAUCCUGGUCGCGUCAAAUGGAGACCAGUUUUGUCUGGAUUGAUUCUACAAUUUCUCUUUGGUCUCUUCUUAAUUCGAUGGCCCUUGGGUCGAUCUAUUUUCCAAUGCCUCGCUAACAAAGUAGAGGGGUUCUUGAACUUCGCCAAGAGCGGUGCAAGCUUCAUUUACUCCGACAAAUUAGUCACCGAUGGUGUCUUCGCUUUCAGCGUGCUGCCUGUGAUUUUUUACUUCAGCUUCUUCAUCCAGAUUUUCUACUAUUUAGGUACCAUGCAAUGGUUCAUUUUCAAUUUAGGUAGAAUAUUACAGAGUGUCGUGGGAACUUCGAUUUGCGAAUCAGUAACAUGUGCUGGAAACAUUUUUCUUGGAAUGACGGAAUCACCGUUAAUGAUCAAACCUUAUUUGAACAAACUGACUACCUCGGAAUUGCACACCAUUAUGUGUUCGGGUUUUGCCACGGUGUCAGGAACCGUUUUCGCCGCGUACAUAAAGUUUGGUGCAAAUCCUGCUCAUCUGAUAACCUCCACUUUGAUGGCAGCACCAGGAACUCUCUGUUACUCCAAGUUAUUUUACCCGGAAACCGAAAAGGUCAUAGUCACUUCCCAUAAUGUUAAAUUAGAAAAAUCGAAGGACUCUAGUUUAGUCGAUGCUGCGAGCAAAGGAGCUGUGGCAGCGAUUCCUCUGAUUUUAGGCAUAAUCGCUAACAUCGUCGCGUUCGUGUCCUUUAUGGCGUUGGUCAACUCUCUGCUCUCUUGGAUAGGGUCAUUGGUUGGUUACGAAGAAUUGAGCUUGGAAUUGAUCCUAUCGAAAGUAUUCAUGCCACUCAGUUGGAUCAUGGGAGUGCCAUGGGAUCAAUGUGACGACGUGGCUACUCUCAUAGGUCUGAAGACUGUGGUUAACGAGUUUGUGGCCUACGAAACUCUAGGAAAGUAUAAGGAACAAGGUCGAAUUUUUGGUAGAACCGAGGCCAUAGCUACUUUUGCGAUUUGUGGAUUUGCGAAUCCUAGCUCAGUGGGAAUCACCAUGAGCAUGAUGAAUUCUCUAGCUCCUGAUAAGAAGGAAUCUGUGGCCAAUGCUGUCAUGAGAGCAUUCGUGGGUGGCAGCAUUAUCUGUUUCAUCACUGCCAGCAUUGCUGGAAUGCUGAUAUCCGAUGACUAUUACUAACAAUGAGUGAUCAUAUUGCCAUGGACCGUGACUGACAGUCCAAUGAUCACCACAAUAUCUAUUGAUUACCCAAUUAUCAGAAAACGCCAUUAGUUUACCGUUUUGUAAAAUAUUAUUGUAAAUAGGUAGGUCAAUAAGGAAGACUUAGUUUCCUCGACAGACUUAACUGAUAUUAUUGCACAAUAUUAUAUUAUAACAUAAAUAUUAAAAUCGACAAAUAACUCCCGGCUACAUCGAGUUCUUUAAAUCACUCUAAGUAAGUUUUGAAAAAAGUACGAGUAACAUGGAAACCUAAGCUAGUGCAUUUUGUACAUUUUCGGUGAUCAUAAAUGCGAUCGUAUAUAAUAAUAAGUAAAGAAAUAUCACAAAAGACAUCGAUAUAGGUGCUAUUCAAUGUAUGGGAUUGGCAAUGUAUCACAUCUUGGAUGUGGAAUGUUUGUGUUGUGUACUUUCUCGAACAACAAGAAGUGGGUGCAUUAUUAUACGUAUCCUAAAUGCAUUUUUAUGGUAGACUGUGAAGUUGAUGGACAUCGUAGAGAUUGUGUGUUCGAUUGAAUACAUCAGUGGUUACCUCCAACAUUUUUGGCAAAACAUCGACGUUUCUUUGAACGUCUGUACCACAGACCUAAAAAAGAGAUAUGAAAAGAAUGAUUAAAAUCCAGAAAGGUCUAUUAUUUUUAUAUAAAAACAUAAAUACCUUUCUGAAUAAUAAUUCUCUGGUAGGCAUUGUAUACAUGGCAACCACCGCUGCCUUUCUGACUACCCAUGGAUGGUGCUUAGCUAAUGUUUUAUUGUAAGCAUCCUGGCAACAGCUGGAUGUCUUAUCACUGUCCGACAAUUCUCCCAAUUGUCUUAAAAACUCUCUAAUAAAAUCUACAAAUUCGGAAGAUA